GCUUCGACUUCCGCGACAUCACUCUAGCACUCUACGUUAACCUUCGUACCUUUGCCUUCUCUAGUUUCUCCGCUGUUCUGUGUUUGCUCGACGAUCCACCUGACAGUUUGUAUCGCAUCGCGCCCUACAUCAGAACUGGAUCGCCUUCCUCUAUUCCUCCAUAGAACAGAGUCUUGUCACGGCGCGUUCGGAAAAUGGCCACCGAAACUCUUUCCUUUUUUCCUGCCGCGGACCUUCCGAAGGUGGGAGCAGCCUCAGCCGCGUCAGCGUGCGGGUCAGGUGUUGGCAUGGGUCCGCAGCGCAGAUGCAUCAUACGAGACCGAUGUGACAAUAGCGAUGUCUUGGCUUACAUUAAAGCGCUAACCGGAUCCAUCGGCAGCAGUCGCCUUUUCGGACUGAACAUGAGCUUCGAAGGGUUAAAGCCCAAUCGCCCGACCAUCGGCGACUGCUACCGCUUCGGACGAGAACUCGGGCGAGGCCACUUCGGCGUCGUGCGAACGUGUUUGGAGAAGACGACGGGAGAGCAGCUCGCAUGCAAGACUAUACUCAAGGACAAGAUACAGAAAGAAGAAGACCUGAGGGAGUUCGCGGCCGAGAUGACGACAAUGAUUCGUCUGCACGGGACGCCCGGGUUGGUGCAGCUGCGGGAGAUUUUCGACGACGACGCGGCGGUGCACAUGGUGAUGGAGCUCUGCCAAGGCGGAGACUACUUCGACCACAUCGCGCGGAAGAAGCGACUCUCUGAAGGCGAAGCGGCUCAUCUCUUCAGGCAAGUGGUGGUGUCCGUCAACGCCAUGCAUGCUAAAGGCUUCGCCCAUCGCGACCUAAAGCCGGAGAACAUCCUUAUCAUGAAACCCGCGUCACACUCAAACGAGGACGUCGAGGCGAAGAUCGCAGACUUCGGCCUGGCGAUCGCCGUGACGGAGGGGAAGGGAAUGAAAGGGAUCGUCGGGAGUCCGUUUUACAUGGCGCCUGAAGUUAUCAAGGGUAAACCCUACGGCCUCGAAGUCGACGUGUGGAGCCUCGGAGUUAUCCUCUACACCAGCCUUGCAGGCGUCCUUCCGUUUUGGGGAAAGGGUCACCAAGCCGUCUUCACCGCCAUCUGCCGCGCUCAGCCGGACUUCGACCGCAAUCCCUGGCCGUUGAUCUCCACCGAGGCGAAGCAUCUCAUCCGUCGCAUGCUGACGCUCGACCCGACGAAACGGAUACGAGCGUGCGACAUCCUGGAGCAUCCGUGGAUGAAAUCCGCCCACGCGAACGGGGCUCCGCGACGUCGCACCAGCCUUCUGCGAAAAGUGUUCGGCGACAUAUCAGUCCAGUGGCCAGCGAGCUUGAUCCCGGGUAUCUCCGGGCUUGGAAGUGUCACGCCUGCUCCACCUGCUGCUAGCCCUAACGCUCCUGGUACGAAACCCGACGACAACGACGGUAGCUCCGACCCAGGCCGCCCUACCCCUGACGCGGUUAUUCCGCAAACGCCGCUGGCUAAGGUUGCUGCGUCGGGCAACGCCGCGGCGGAGAUAAGUAAGGAAACGUCACCUCGCGACGAGAGCUCGUCGGAGCGACGAAAGACGGUUCCUGUGAUGAUUCCGGCUCCAGCGAACGGCGCAGCGGCCGUACGCGCGCUCAAGCCCGUUCUGAACAUGUCGAGGGCGAACGGGGUCACGACAGCGGGUGUCGCGCGUUUCACGCAGAAGGUUCAAUGCGUUGGUGCUGAGAAUCAUCCGCCAGAAGGGCAGGAGGGGGUUUCGGGUGAGUCACGUUCUUCGGCUCAGGUCUGCCCGGCUGGAGAUAUAUUUGUUGGAAAUAACGCAAAUUGCGUUUUUCGCAGCAGUGAUUCGAGCAGCAAGUGCAGCGACUCAACAAUCUGCAGUAACGGAAGUGGCGAGAUUGGCGAGUUUAUCAGCAACGACAGUAACUCGAGUCAGCCUUCGCCCAGGGCCCUGCGUUCGCGAAGAUCUGGAGCAACAAAACAGCGGGAAAAUGGUCGCAGCAGCCAUAACGGUCAGGACAACCGUCAGAUCCCGAACCAGCACCAACUAGCUCACUCCAUCGCGCACCCGUUCCCGGGCCUCUACGCUUGUCCCAACUCGCCUAGUUUCACCCCCUCGCCGUCCGCAGUCGCCGCCGCGAAUGGCGGUCAUCAGCUGGGACCCUUCGCCUCUGGCGCUGGAUUCUGCUGGCCCGCAGGGUUUUUUAGUCCGCCGGGUAAAGCCCGCGGUUCCAUGUGCCUGCCAGAUCAGCAGUACCAGCAGCCAUCGCCGGCGUCCCCGCGUUUCCCGCCGCAGAUGGGAUUCCCCGAGCUGCAGCCGCUGCCGCCGCCGCUCCACUCCGCCUUAGUUGCGGAGUCGUCGCCAUCGUCGACGCUACCAGUGCCGAUGCCGAUUUCGUCGCACGGUUUCGUGACGCCUGUGUCUUCGCUGACCGACGCGGCGGACCCAGAUCCGGCGCAUCUGGUGUGGGUGUCUUCUAUUUCAGACGGCGUCCCCGAUUCCCCGUCCCAGACUUCCUCGGUCGCCACCCUCCCGUCCGUGCCUGAAGCGUCGGAAGCGCUGCCUGGCUUAGUCGACGCUGGUGCGGAGUCUGUCGCGUCGCUUUCAGUGCUGGAAGGCGACGAGCUUCUGGCUGCAUGGGGUCAGCAGGAUGCUGGCGCUGGCGCUGGCGCUGGUGCUGGUGCUGGUGCUGGUGCUGGUGCUGGUGCUGAUGCUGCUUCUCACAGCGAUGUCGUCGACGGAUCGGCUGCAGAUCCGGUGUCGGAAAUGGCAGCAGAUGCGAUCUCGGACAUGGCUGGAGAUGCGAUAUCCGAGAUGGGAACGGGAACGCUCGAAGACCUGCUGGCCGCCGCCCUAGCGUUUGACUGCCCGUCCAGCAGCUCGUCUAGUUCUCUCUCUUCCCCGUCCUCCUCCUCCUCCUCGUCUGAGUUCAGCCUGGGCAGCAGCGUGCUCUCGUGGUCUGGCUUCAACCCGCCCUCCGCGCUCGCUCCUGGUGUGGCUGCGGAUGGUGCGGGCGCGCUCUGCGCGCUCCCCGCGCUCCCCUCCCCUGCGCCGCUGCCCGCUGCCCCCGCGUGGCCGCCCAACGGAGGGGUGGCGCCUCUGCGGCAUGAGGUGUCCCUUGACCCGCAGGGGACGCCGGUAGUGGAGGACGCGAGUAUGGGCAGUCCAAGUCCGCCUGCUGCUGGCUCUUUUGCCACUCCUGUUGCUGGUGCAUCUUUCACCGCUGCCGCUAGUCCCCACGGUCGUAGCCCAGAGUCGGUUUUGGACGGGGUUGGAGCUUCGCCAGAGAGCCGUUUACCUGUUGUAGCAGGUAUAGCUUCAACUGUUGCCGGUGUUUCUGCUGCUGCUGCUCUUCCUCCGCCUCCUCUUCCUUCUGCAUCCCAGUGUCUGCCCAUUCGUGGUGCUGCUUCUGCUGGCGCUGAUGGUGCAGUAGCCAGGGGUGGAGAAGGGUGGAAGGUGCAGGCAGCUGGGUGUAACCCUGGUCCAGCGCGGUUUGCAGGGCCUCUAGGGCUUGGAGGGAGCUCUGCUGCUGGUGCGGUGGCUCUGGCCAUCAGCAGGAAGCAGAUGAGGUGAAGGGGCUAUUGGGGGUGGAGUGAGCUGCUGGUUGGGAGAGGAAGACCACUGUUUGGGUGAGGAGUAGCUUGCAUUGCAGCUCGCCUUUUGGAGGGUAGUUACUAGUAAGUAGCUAGGUUUAAGUUAUUAUGCCUGUAGCAGGAGGCAAGGAGAAGCAGUCAACAGGCCUCUGGAUAGGAUUAGAAGUACUCGUUCUCGUAAGGGUACUCGCUUGCUGCCACUUUUUCUGUAAGGGUAUAUUUUAAAGCUACUUUGUAAUAUAAAGGUCCUAAAUAUUA